AUGUCUUCAAGAAGUAUUAUCGUCUUAUUCUUCACUAUUUUAUGGUCAAUCAACAUCAGUAAUAUGAAGGCUUAUCGAUUGAAUAAUGAUAAAAUACAAAUGAAUAAUCUUGAUGAAAGUGUUGAACGUAAAGAUCCAUAUAUCAUUCAACGACUUCAAGCAUUACUUGCACCAAUCGAAGUUGCAGAUGAUGGAAGUAAUAUGAAGAAUUACUCGCCCUUUGAUCAUAUUAUUAGUACUCGAUUAGCAGUAAAUCGUCGUCCAGGACUCAUUCGUUUAAAAAAGAAGUGA